GCCCAUGGGAGAGUUGCCCCUGUGACCCUGGCGGAGAACCCCUGGGCCUCUGGAGGAGAACAAGUGUCUUUUGCCAAACGUGCACAAGUUUUAGUGACAGGUGAGGGGAGAAAGGCAGUGUCUGCGGAAGGACUACGUAAGAACCCUUCCGUCCGCCCCAAGCCCGGGCGAGAGUCUGAGUUGUUCUCUUGGGUCUCCCCCGUUCCGUGGACCCGGGACCUUCUCGCCUCAGGGGCUGUGUGAAGAUGGUGAAGAGUGGCCGCCUAGGCGCGCCGGUCUGCGAAGCCCACGAGCACAAGGCGGCAGGCCGCGUGCGCUUGCGCGCCGCUCUGGGCAGGGCGGGACGGGGCGUCUCCCGCCGCUCGCUGGAGGCGGGGCCUGGGCCGGUGCACAGCGCCCGCGGGCUGACCUCGUUGAACGCCGGCCCGUGACGUCACCCCGCCGUGACGCGUACGCAGUAGGAAAACUAUAAAGAUGAAUGUCAUGCAUCAUCCAAUAUGAAUGUUUUGGAAGAAAGAAGACACUUGCUAAGUCAGCUUACUUCAUCCUGGCAACUUCAGCAGUAAUUUCAGCCAGUUUGCAUUUAAUGGAAGAAGACCAUUGUCUGCUCAUGUACAUGUCUAAUUCAUAAUAGUUUAUAUUCUUUAAAGUCGAUUUGUCAAAUGUAUUUGAAUGAUGACUCUCAAGGCCCUUGGAGUAAUGGGAUCAAGACAGAUAUGAACCCUGCCCUUGUAGAGUCUUGAGUCUGCUGAGGAAGAUACACAUUAAAUUACAUCAAUAUAAGUAUGAUCUGUAUUGGGAGAAGAGAACUAAAUUGUACAAAGGCGAUAUAGCAUCUCAGAACUUCAGCUCAUCUGGGUUAAAACAUAGGUGGGAGGAGUAAACAGAACAGAAUGCUGGGAGGAAGAGGAAGUGAGCUCAGAGGCCAUGCUCCCCUCUCCCGGGCAGAUGCAAUGAAGCAAGCCGCCAGGUCAAACAUGCUGAAUCUUUCCCGAAAGUUACUGUUCAAGUCACAUACAUCAUAAUGCGGAAUUCUUCAUCAGUACCACCAAAAGAUGAAGAUGAAUCAAACAUUCCUUCUGGAACAGCACAGAGUGGGAAAAGUUUACAGAAUAAGAGUCAGUUUAGGACCAUCGCACCAAAAAUUGUGCCUAAAUUCUUAACAUCCAGAGUGAUACCCUGUCCUUCCUCACUUUCUGACCAAGGGAGUCUGGCUCUAACCUCCAAGCCCCUGGGCAUACCCACCCAGAACUAUGCUCUGAUGCAGGUGGCUGGCCAGGAGGGGACGUUUUCUCUUUUUGCUUUGCCAAAUGUUGCCUCAGCUCAGCCAGUUCAGAAGCCCAGAUUGUCCCUGCAUGAAAACCUUAAACUGCCUAUUCCUCGAUACCAACCACUAAGUAACAAAGGGUUAAGAAAGAAAGAGGACCUGAACUCUCCCAAGAGUGGCUGGAAUGAACCUUCUGGACGACCGCAGACAUGCCAAAUGUCCCCUUCCCCACAAGCCCGUCCUGAACUGCCUCACAAGACCAGCCCAUUGAAGCCAAUGCCCACUUUCAACCCUUACCCCACCAUCAAGACAGCUACACUGACCAGUAGUAUUGGCUCAGGAGAUUUGAAUUCUCUAGUGACCAACAGUUGUGGAGACGUGAAGCUUCCUGCCAUCCCAGCGUGCUCUACAGAGGAUUCCUCUUUUCCACAGAAGCUCUCAGCAAUCCUGCAGAAGGCAGACUGUGCCAGGAAGGAGGCGCCCACUAAUCCUGCUAUUGCUGGUGAAGAGCUUAAAGAACAGGUGGCUCCUGCAUGCACUGUCCUCAGCAGUGUGAUUCAGUUGGUCUCUUUAGUACCGAAGGGGAAACUGCCCAUCCUACCCUUCUCAAGAAUGAAAGCCACAGAGGUGGGCAAAGUGGAAUCAGAUGCUGAUUAUGCCAAAUUAUCUUCAUCUGGAUGCAGGGCACACUGUGAUGAGAGAUUGUCCAUCACAGAAAGGUUUGAUGCGGCCACCACAUUACCCAGCAAGAUGACCGCUCUGCAUCGGCCAAACCAGAGUGCUUAUGAAAGUGCCUUCUGUCCUGUCACCAAAUUAGAUCUCAGCCACAAAGUAAAACCCAGUAUUGGGGCACCAAAGAGAAGAGGGAGAAAAUGGAAAGUGCCAGAUGAGAUUUUAGCAUUGCAGGGCAAAAGGAGGAAAUACAUUAUUGGUCUGUGUGGAGAUGGUGCAGAAAGGGGGAGAAGCAGUCCCCAAGAGCCCAGAGACCAGAAGCCCAAGGCUGCUUCAAGAAAAUAUCGUAGUAUCAUGCCUAAGCCUGUGAUCGUCAUGUCUGCUUGGGCACCCCUGGUGUCUCCUGCAGCUGCCCUGCAGUCCCCAGCUCCCAGCAACCUCAGUCAGGGUGUUCUACUGAACAAUGCACUGCCUCCAAGAUGUCUUGGCUCCAAGCAAAGUGACAGCCCUACCCCUAAGCCCAGUUCUGUGCUCAGAAACGGAUUCUCUGGCAUUAAGAAGCCCUGGCACAUGUGUCCCGUCUGUAACCACCACUUCCAGUUCAAACACCACCUUCUAGACCACAUGAAUACACACACCAACAGACGGCCUUACAGUUGUGGGAUCUGUCGUAAAGCCUACGUCCGUCCCGGCAGCCUGAGCGCACAUAUGAAACUUCACCAUGGGGAAAAUCGCCCUAAGAAACUAGUGUGCUGUGAGUUUUGUGCAAAAGUGUUUGGUCAUGUCCGAGUCUAUUUCGGCCAUCUGAAGGAGGUACACAGGGUUGUGAUCAGCACAGAGCCCUCCUCCAGUGAACUGCAGGCAGGAGACACACCAAGGAGCAAGGACAGAGAUGCCUGCGUGCAAACACCCGACAGCCCACUGGAGAGGGAAACCAAGUCAAGUUUGGAAGAAGAUUUCCUUCUCAACCAGGCAGAUGAAGUCAAGUUGCAAAUCAGAUGUGCCCGUUGUCAGAUCACUGCUCAGUCUUUUGCUGAAAUUAAGUUCCAUUUGCUUCAUGUUCAUGGGGAAGAGGUCCAGGGCCGGCUUCAGGAGGUGUUCUCACCAGGCAGCAGGGCGGGUGCUCCCCACCAGAAGCAGCACACUGAGAAAAGGAAGGAAGUGAAGCCUUGUGCCUCUGCAGAGGACUCCCCAGCAUUUCCUAAUGUGAAAAGACAGCCACCCCCUCCUCAGAGCAGGGAGGAGCUGUGGGCAGAAAGUGAAAGUGCCCAGUGGGGAAUGAACAGCCCACAGCCCCCCACCAGGCUUCUCUGGUCCCAUUCAGGCUUUAACUGCCUGCUCUGUGCCCAGAUACUGGGGAGGAAGGAGGACCUGCUUCUCCACUGGGUACACCAGCACAACUGUGAGGAGCCUGCCAGACUCUGGGCUCUCCUGGGUGUAUUCUCUCACCAGGGAGCUCCUGAGUUCCCCAGUGAAGUAAGGCAGUGACACUGAGACCACCCAGCUGAAGAGGUGUCACACUAUGGCCUUUCCUAUGUUCUGUUCCUGUUAGAUUUAAUUAUAAGGAUCCAGUACUCCAGGGCCAGCACAGUGUCCAGAGGUAAUUUUUUGUGCAUAGUUUUGUUUUCUUAAGAAAGGAAGGAUGUGCCCUGGAUGCAUUUUCUAACAUAUAUUGUCUCACCUUAAAACUCCAUGCAUUCUCUAAUAUCGUAGACUUUAUCUCAUAAUAAAGAAAAGAUUCAAGAA